AUGAAGGGCACCAAGAGGUGUUACCUGAGCUAUCGAAGAAGCGUACCGCUGGGGGUGCCGGUGCCCGGAACCACGGAUGGGAGAAGAGCGCAAAAGGCGCGCACAUCUUUGGGAGCGGAGCUCUUGCCCCCGGCCCUCAUUAGAGCCAUGCUAGAGGGACGAGAGGCCUGGUCAGCUGUUACCUCCUGCGAAGAAGUUAUGUCGCGGAAGGAGGAGCAGGAGUGGACCAGACGGGGGGAAAAGAUCGGACGAGCCAAUCUGACGGCCGCGAAGGUGCGAUCUCGAAUUUCGGCUCUGAAAGAUCUCUGGAUCCAGUUCCAAGACGGGCAUGCCUCUCUGGUGAACUCGACUCCGCUCCCCGCGCAGAAGACGAUGGACUAUUUCACCGAGCAUCGCUACGACGAGACGGAGGACACUUAUCGCGCAGCAUUGGACCACAUGUCGGAGGAGCUGGAAGAGUUGGAUCCACCUCGACAUCAUUCUCUGUUGCACACGAGCUCGCGAGCUGAACCCUCUUUAUCAAAUGACCCGCCCGGUCAACAAGCGAAAACGCGCGCGGAGAAUAAACUCGAGGUGAGCUCGAUGUUAGCCUCUCCGAUGAGAGCGAAACCAUCACGGAUUAUUUUAGCGACAGCUCGCGUAAGAGUUGGCGUGGUCGAAGGUCGCUCGGUAGAAAUACGAGCCUUGUUAGAUCAGGGCUCCGAAAUGUCCUUUAUAUCUGAAUACCUAGCUCAAGUGUUACGGGUUAAACGCAUACGAAUGCCGACGUCGGUUUCUGCCGUCGGUUGCGUGGAUGCCGGGACCUUCAAGUACGCCGCUCGAAUCUGUGUCUCUCAUCGCGAUGUAAGCUCUCCGACCGUAAACACUACCGCUUUAAUUUUAAGUUCUUUAACCGCGUACGCUCCGCAAAGCGAUGCGGAUAUCGCCUCGUUCUCUCAUUUGGCGGACCUUGCAUUUGCGGAUCCGGAUCCAACGAGCAAGGAGCCUAUUCACCUCAUUCUCGGCGCGGAUCUGUAUGGGGAGGUCAUUCUCGGGGGCUUGCGCAAGGGUUCACUCGGCGAGCCUAUCGCGCAAGAUUCAAUAUUCGGAUGGGUCAUAUCGGGACCACUCUCUCCAUCCUCUCCCGCGUCACCUCCUUCACCUCCGCCUCCUGGAGAUGCUCGGAUGUCGCAUCACGUCUCCGUUCAUCAUUGUCUCAACGCUACAUCAUUGGAGGACGAAAUCAGACGAUUUUGGGAAAUUGAGGACUUUCCCACGCAUUUAAUUGCCACGCCUGACGACGAGAAGUGCGAAACGCAUUUUCGCUCUACACACACGCGUACGUCAACGGGGCGUUAUAUCGUCAGGUUGCCGUUUCGCCGUGAUCCUCCCAUUGAAAUCGGGGAGUCUCGCCAACGAGCCGAACAACGGCUGAACGCGCUUUUUCGACGGUUUGGUGCAAAUCCGAAGCAGUUCGCUGAAUAUCAGGCAUUUAUUCGGGAGUAUGAGCGUCUCGGUCAUUUGCGUAAACUGCCUGCCGCCGAGGACCGCCCGGAUCCGUGUGUCUAUCUCCCUCACCAUCCCGUUUUCCGUGAUUCCAGCAGCACCACACGUCUGCGUGUCGUGUUCGACGCGUCGAGUCUCACGUCGAACGGCUCGAGUCUCAAUAAUCACCUUUUAACAGGGCCUAAACUUCAAACGGAUUUAUCCGCCGUGAUAUUGCGUUGGCGUCAGUUUCGCUUUGUGUAUGCAGCCGACAUCGCGAAGAUGUACAGGCAGAUUCUCGUAGACGACCGCGAUCUUAAUUUUCAAAGAAUUUUGUGGCGUGACUCUUCCCGUGAAUCCGCGAGCGACUAUCAAUUACUCACAGUCACUUACGGGAUGGCGUGUGCACCCUUUCUCGCGUUACGCGUUAUUCAGCAAUUAGCUCAGGACGAAGGGGAACGGUAUCCCAUGGCGGUGCCCAUUUUGCAAGAGCAUAUUUACGUCGACGACGUGCUGUUCGGUCACGACGACUUGAACGCUCUACGUGCCACGCGAGAUCAAUUAAUUUCAUUAUUACGUUGCGGCGGGUUCGAACUUCGGAAAUGGGCAGCCAAUUCAGCAGCUCUCCUUUUUGAUAUUGAUGACUCAGAGCACGGAACCGCGUGCGACAAAUCCUUGUCUCACUCUGACAAUCUCAAUAUCCUCGGCGUUGAAUGGAAUCCAGUCCUCGAUUCCUUUCAGAUUCGGGUGUCCAUGUCCGAUGACCUUCCCCGCACCAAGCGUUCCAUCCUUGCCGCCAUCGCUCGAUUAUACGAUCCUCUCGGAUGGGUCACCCCCGUGAUUCUCUCUGCCAAAGUUUUGAUGCAGACACUGUGGAGAGACAGACUUUCAUGGGACGAGCCGAUUCCGCCCUCGCUAUCCUGUCGCUGGCAACAAAUCUGCGACGGGAUUUCGCGGUUGAGUAACCUGAGACUGCCGCGGUGGUCCGGGUUCACCGCUGAUUGUGAGCUCGAGCUCCACGGAUUCGCGGAUGCCUCAACCGUCGCAUAUGCUGCCGCCGUGUAUUUAAAGGUCGUCGAUUCCUCUCAGACCGUCACUAUCAGCCUAUUACUAGGUAAAUCGAGAGUUGCUCCUCUGAAGCCGCUCAGCAUACCUCGAUUAGAAUUGUUGGGCGCGGCGCUGCUCGCUCGGCUCAUCAAUCUCGUUAAAACGACUCUCGCAAUAAACGAUCUUCCGUGUUUCUGUUGGUCCGAUUCCACGGUCGUACUGGCCUGGCUCCGCCAACAUCCUUCCCGGUGGAAGACGUUCGUUGCCAAUCGUGUAGCUGACAUCCAGCAGCGUCUUCCAGGGACGGAGUGGAGCGAUUAUAUUAACACGUUGCAACAGAGAAGCAAGUGGCGUAGAGAGCAAGCUUCGAUACCGAUCGGUAAACUCGUACUUAUUCGAAACUCGAAUCUCCCGCCGAGUAAGUGGGAACUCGGACGUAUCGUUCAGUGUCAUCCGGGCACUGACGGGUUGACCCGCGUGGUCACCGUCAAAACGGCGGCCUCGGAGUACACGCGAGCUAUCGGCAAGAUCUGCCUCUUGCCUGUCGAUUGCGAACCGAUACCUUCUCCGACAUCUGCCUAA